ACAGCACAAAAAGCAGAACUUCUGUCUGUAGCAGUAUUUAAAUUGGAUCAUCAGUUUCAGUACAGAGCAACCCGUCAACGCUACAGCAGACGACUGAAAGAUGGAACUGUCUGGCUGGUUACUGGCUCUUUAUAUGACGUGCUUCCUUCCGUCUGUUAUUCUGGACAUGAAGAGAGUCACAAUAAAUGAUUCAUCUCAAAACCUCACAUCUGUACCAACUGACCUCGGAUCAUCCACAGAAGAUCUGGAUCUGUCUGUGAAUCAAAUCCAGUCACUGAAAAGCCAAGACUUCAACAAAACGCCCAAACUUCAUCUCUUAAAUGUGUCUUGGAACAUAUUACAGCAUAUAGAUGUCAACACAUUCAACGCUACACCUGCUUUGGAGAUUCUGGAUUUGUCUCACAACAAACUCCAAAACCUUUCUAAACAACACUUUUUGCUGCACGCAGGACAUCUGCAGUUCCUAGAUCUGUCGUCAAACAUGUUUUCUGUUAUGGCCCUUGGGAGGGAAUUUGUGUCUCUUAAACACCUGCGGUGGCUUGGCUUAAGCGCUGAAGAAGUCAGCAUAUCAGACUUCGCAAACAUUGCUAAUCUUACCCUCAAAACGUUUUUUGUUAAUGCCGGUGGGAUGAAGGCGUAUGAGGAGAGCAGUCUAAUGGGUGUCCAUGCCGAGAAGGCUAUCAUCGUUUUGUCAAUGUGCAACAGCACAAUUGCCGUUCAAAUGGCAUCUGAUGCCUUCAAGCACUUUAGGGAGUUGGAAUUCACUAACAUCAACAAUGAGAUGAUGUUCCUUCAAGAGCUGCACUACAGAGAGUCUCUCCGUACCGUCAACUUGGGAAUCUCAAAACUGAAAUGCAGCUGGGAAGUUCUGACAGGUUGCGUGAACACAGUGUUGAUAUCUUCAAUUCAAAAGCUUUUUUUGUCUGAUAUUACGAUAAUUUCAAUGAGCGGUCAAGUUGAGGUGACUCCAGGUCACGUGCUAGAGUCCUUUUCUAUCAAAAAAGCAUCUGUAACCACUUUUAUCUUCGAUCAAAAAAAACUUUAUGACUUCUUCAUCAACAUUCCUGCAAGGAAUUUCAGCGUAACACAAACACCCAUCGUUCACAUCACCUGUCCCAGAUCAGUCAGCGAGAUAAGGGUGUUAGACUUGUCUGAUUGCGCCCUAACUGAGAAAGUCUUCUUCACCGAUCCGGAUAGAGAAUGUGAUACACUGACAGGCCUGGAAAAGAUUCUUCUGAAGGGUAAUAACCUCAGACACCUUAGACCACUGACAUCAAGAAUUCAUCUAAUGAAAUCCCUGCAGUAUGUUGACUUCAGCCAGAACUCACUCACAUAUACCGAGGAACAGGGCAAGUGUGUCUGGCCUCCAAAAAUUACCCAUCUAGAUUUAUCAUCGAAUGGGUUCGACCAGAACGUGUUCAAGUGUUUGCCCAUUUCCAUCAGGAUCCUAAACCUCCAAAAUAACCAAGUAAGUGCAGUUCCUGCAGAUGUUCCACUUUUGGACCAUUUGAGUGUGCUGGACUUAACAGCUAACCGUUUAUUGGAUCUCCCACUGUGUCAAGCAUACCCAAACUUGCAGAACCUCGUAAUAAGAUCAAAUUCCCUUCAUGCACCCCUACCAGAAGCCUUCGAGACUUGUCCACAUCUCAAAAGUCUCGAUGCAAGUCACAAUCCUUACAUUUGCACUUGUCCUCUGCGUGAAUUCACUGCCCUCAUCGACGGCCAAGGACACAAACUUCCGGGUCUUGUUCUGGAGCACUGGCCAGGCGGCUACCAGUGCAGUUAUCCGGAAUCCUGGAGGAACACCACCUUGCAAAAUUUCUACCUUCCUGAGAUCUCCUGCAAAGCUUGGCUUCUAUCAAUUACUAUUUUGAUCCCAACCAUAACUUUGGCCAUUGCCGUCACCCUUCUUUGCAAUAAGCUGGAUGCCCCCUGGUACCUCAAGAUGAUUUGGAAGUGGACUCGUGCCAAGCAUAACGCAUUCCUAUCGCAAGACAGAGCCGAAGACAUGGAAGGGGUGUGCUUCCAUGCUUUUUUAUCGUACAGCCAAAGAAACGCUGAGUGGGUCAAAGGUCAACUACUGCCAAAGCUGGAGGGCAGCGGGCUGCGAGUGUGUCACCACGAGCGAGACUUCAUCCCAGGAAAGACGAUCGUUCAGAACAUUCUCCGGUGCAUCGAGCAGAGCCGAAGAUGCGUCUUUGUGCUGUCCUCUCACUUCGUUCAGAGCGAAUGGUGCCAUUACGAGCUGUAUUUCGCCAAUCAUCAAAAGGUUACGCGGGGGAUAAACAGCAUCAUCCUGGUUCUCCUGGAACCUUUGCCAUUGUAUCUCAUUCCCUCAAAAUAUUAUCAGCUGAAGGCCAUGAUGUCCAGACGGACCUACCUAGAGUGGCCACAAGAUGGGGCUAAACAAUCGCUUUUUUGGGUAAACCUCAGAGCGACCCUGCAAGCUGACCUUCCCAUGCCACUGGAGAGAGAACAGCAAGCUUUGAUCAGUUAAUUUGAUUAGAAAUAUUUACAAAUUAACUUC